AUACAUUGAUCAGAUAAGCAGAUCUACUGGUGGUGACUCGUGUACUGCUGUGAUUGUAGCUCCUGUUCAUAAAGAUCUUAUUUUCACCAUUAAACAGAUGUAUAUUGACUGUGAUGCAGAAAUAAGAAUAGGGGAGGAGAGAAGGAGAUUUUGUGGUAAACAAUACCAAGUUACUAUGAAAACAGAGAGUAAUGUGAUAGCGAUAGAACAUAAAACACAUAAACAAGGACAUGGAUAUCAACUUCUUUAUCAUUCAAGAAAGAGUCGACAUAAAAAUGAUUGUGAUCAACUAAUAACAGAUAGAAAGACUAUCGUUACGAGUCCAGAGUGGCCUUCUAAGUACCCAAGUAAUAUGAAUUGUACCUAUCGGUUUAUAGGGGAUCCCGGUAAGAGGAUUACACUCAGGGUUAAAGUAUUCAAACUUCAAGGAAAGGAACCAAGAUGUAAACAUGAUAAAUUAGAGAUGUUGGAUCUAUUAACGGGUGAGAAGGUAGCACGAUGUGGAUCAUCGCCUUCCAAAUACAGCCUGCGAUUGUCGGGAUACGAUGGAUUAAUGCGAUUUAUUUCAGACGAACCUGUACAGCUGGCUGGAUUCAAAAUAAUCGUAUAUAUCAAAUAAAAUCAGGUUAAACCAAAUUAUUGAUUCACUGGAUGGGUAUGCAAUACAUUCUCACAGUAGAACAUAUGUUUUAUUCUGUUGUGAAAAUCCUCGAAAACACCCUCCAAAUUUAGACUUGUAAGAUUAACAGGGAAUCUGUAUUAUGGUUGUCACAUAUUAACAUGAUUAAUGUUUUAGCCAGCGUACGCCAACGUAUAGGCUAUGGCGAGCCGUUUUCUUAAUCUUGGUUCUUGAUGUCAAGAAUUGCUUUUGUUCACAACUCAAAAUAAUUUAAUCAUAUGAAUAAUUUGGAAUUCUUGAUAUUUCAUGUUAUUGAUAAAAUACUUUUCUAUGAAGAAAUGUAAUUUAAGGGAAAAAUACUUCCUACCUUCGUCGACAUAUGCUCAUUUGCUGUCUAAAACAUCCAGUUGGGACCGCCCCAAAAUUAUACUAGCCAGUAGAAACGAUCCCGCAAGGCAUUUUGGGUAAUUACAUUCAGGUUAAGAUUAAGAUUCAUAGUGAUCAAUAUCGAACCAACUAUAUAUUUAUUAAUGGUAGCCGUAAAAUAUUCGAUCGGUUCAUAAUUUUGAUGAUAUAUGUUGCUCCAAUGAAAAAGUUCAUAUUGAUUAAGGUUUUCCCGCUCAAUUUGAAGUUCUAUCAUUCAAUUUUAAUAUUGUUCAGAGCGAAUUCAAGAAAGCUUUUAUCUAUAGCGUCAUUCAACAUUUCAUUAUUUGUCAUUCUUGGGAGUAUUUUAUUAACUUUUUUUGUCGGACAACUUUUCUGGAUUUUGAUUGGCCAAGAAGCACAGUUCCUAUGGUAACUGUCGGAUAAAACAUUUUUUUGAGCAAAAAUUAUCCCAGAUGUGAUAGAAAUUACCCCACAUACUGUUAGGAAAAUCUGCUCAUUGGGAAUUUGUCAUUCAUUUUCGUAUAAUCAUAACUGGUUUUAAACUGAAGCGCAUCUAUAUAAACCUAUUUACCUCAGCUUAAACUCGAGCUGCCGUUUAAUUCAAUCGAUCAGUGUAUUCAAAGAAUAAUAGUGCUAUGUACCCAUUCACCUCACAUGGGUCGAGUGCAGCAAUAGAGAAAUUUACCUGAAAAGUGAUAUUGAUUGAGACUCAUGAAUAUUGAUUAUUUUACCAUACAGAGUGCGAAUAACGUGCAAUUCGACUUCUGUGAUUGGCUAAUGCUAUUGCCCCACUUUUCCUAGCCCAGUUUCGUUUCACACUGCAAUUGUGCUUGCACCACAAUAAGUCGACUAACCCUGUUUUGGGGCAGGGCCAGAUAGUACCGUACUGUUUACCGUGCUAGCCCACUUUGCUAAAACGUAGUGUGAAAACAAAGUUGGCUGAGCUUAACCCCGGGAAAUUGGUGGGGCUAAGAUCUCCCCUUAGCCUCAACAAUUUCCCAGGGUUAAAGAAAAAAAAGUGCAGUGUGAAAAGCAUAUAUUAUAAGAGUAACAACCCUAUCGUGCAAAUUUCAUACUUUGUCAUUUAUCAAUAUCACUUUUCCCGUGCGACUUGAAAACGGCACGUAUAUAUACGUUAAAACAGUUUUAUUCUAUUUCAGAUGUUUUUGUUUGAUAUAUAUUUAUUGUUUCAAGCUGAUGUUACUUGCUUUCAGAACGAUUAAAGUUUAUUUUUUCUG